UUCCUAAUGCGCAUGCGUAGAUUUCAGCCUCUUCAAGGAAACGCCGCUGUCGUCUCGAGCCAAUGAGUUACUACCGACUCAAGCCUCUCCCUUAGGCGAGCCAUAAAAGCUUCACAAACGCAAGACGAGCUUGGUUCGCCCCCAGUCAAAUUGACAAGGACGGUUUACAAGGCACGUCAAUUGUUUGCGAAUAUGGACAAUGUCAAAGGGUUACUUCAGGGGCUGAAGCUGGACACCCAGUCCUCAGCCGCUCUCCUCGCCGGGGCUGCCGCCUGCAUAACGGGAACUAUGGUGGUGUUAGCACGGGCGGUCGAGGGCCGCCUGGACGCUCGGAGGAAGAUUCAGAAAGCCAGAAAUCUGAGACAUGACAGUCUGCUGAGAGCUGAAGAGGCUGUGCUUCAGUACAAGAACGCGCAUCCAAAGAUGGAUCCAUCUCUCAUUUUAUCUUUGACUCUGGCUGACCUGACAAAUAAACUGAAGGAUGGCCUGCUGAGACCCGAAGAUGUAUUUUACGCCUACAUGGAAAAGACUAUCAAUGAAAACAAAAGGUUAAACUGCUGCACCGCCAUCCUGCUCGAGAGUUUUGACCAUCUGAAAAAGCUGGACUGCAACAAGGAAGGUCUCCUGUAUGGUGUUCCGGUUAGCAUCAAGGAUAACUUUGCGUACAAGAACUACGACUCCUCCUGCGGCUUACUCGCCAACCUUGGCCAACCGGCUGAGGGACACUCGGUUAUUGUGGAGGUCUUGCGAAGACAAGGUGCCAUUCCCUUUGUAAAAACCAACAUCUCCCAGGGAAUGUUAAGUUACGACUGCAGUAACAUCAUCUAUGGGCAGACGGUGAACCCGAAUAACCUCGAGAAAACCAGCGGAGGUUCUUCCGGCGGUGAGGCGGCUCUCAUUGGCGGAGGCGGUUCCAUCCUCGGCAUAGGCAGCGAUAUCGGGGGCAGCAUCCGUAUCCCCGCUGCGUUCUGCGGGAUCUGCGGCCUCAAACCGACUGUGGGGCGACUGAGCAAAUUGGGUGCGAGCAGCGUUUCUCCCGGGCAAAAGUCAGUGGUGGGAACGCCUGGGCCCUUGGCGAGGGAUGUGGACAGCUUGGCUCUGUGUAUGCAGGCGCUGCUCUGCCACCACAUGUUUGAGCUUGACCCAACUGUCCCUCCAGUGCCUUUUAACAUGCAGAUGUAUAAGAGCACCAAGCCUCUGAGGAUCGGCUACAUGGAAAGCGACGGCCUGUGUCCACCCACGCCGAGCAUGACCCGAAGUCUCAGAGAAGUCAAAACUUUGCUGGAGCAGGCGGGCCAUACCAUGGUACCAUACAGUCCUCUGAGGAUAAAAGAGACUUUUCUCCUCAUUUCCAAAAGCGUCUUUGCAGACGGAGGGGCCUCCCUGGUCCAAAAACUGAAGGGAGCACCUCUUGAUCCUACUCUCAAACCACAAGUGUUGCCUUUCUAUCUUCCUUGUUGGCUGAGGAAGAUCCUCUCGUUCCUGAUGAGACCUCUGUCUCCUCGCGGUUCGUUCCUCCUGCAAGCCACCACCGGAGUCGGAUCUGUUGUGGAGCUGUGGGAGCAACACUUGGCUGUGCAGGAUUACAUUCAGGAGACCCUGGCGGAAUGGAGAAGGUGCAAGAUCGACGUGCUGCUCUGCCCCAUGUUUGGACCCGCCUAUAACUUCUUAUACUGCGGCAGCCUUGGCUUUCCUCUGGGUUACACGGCAAUCUACAAUCUGCUCAACUUUCCUGCCGGUGUUGUUCCUGUUACCACGGUGACAGCAAAGGAUGAGAAGGAACUGGCCCAUUAUGAGGGCUUGCAUCGGGACCACUGGGACAAGCUUUACAAACAGGCAUUGUCGGGAGGCGAGGGUCUGCCCAUGGCCGUGCAGUGUGUCGCCCCGCCGUGGCAGGAUGAGCUGUGCCUGCGCUUCAUGAAGGAGGUGGAGGAGCUUGUGAAACAGAGCAGGAAGAAGUGAGGGCUGAGGUAUCGGUCCGUUGAGUGAACGAAAGUUAGGACGCUUAAGAUAAGUGAGUCUGUCACCAGUAUCACAAAACACAACCAUUUCCACUUUGCACUCAAGCUAAUUUAAGCCUGGCGAGUACUGUCUUUUUAUAUAGAAAGAAUCAUAAUACUUGACCUAUACGACCAGUCAAAAAAUGAAAUUUGCUUUCUAAUGCUAUUGAAUGAGAAACUGUUUCCAAACCUUAGAAUGUACAGACAGUACUGUCAAGAUAUCACAGAAAAUUUGAAACGACUUCAUUUUUUCCUUCAUGAGUUUAUGGUGGUCUAUACGGUAUGCAGGAUACCUACUAAAAUGUGAAUUUCAUGACUUGAAAAAAAACAACGGGAAACCAGCUAAAAUCCUCCUAUCUUAGCAGACUAUAUCUGUAAAAGUCAGCUGGGAUCGGCGCGAGUAUAAAACGUUUGAGAUCGAUGUCCUGAGUCUGAUAAGUGUCAAUUGUUGCAAGAUCCUUUGAACGUGAGGAAACAGCACCGUCUGCUGGCUAAGGACAGUAGUGCCUUGAGACUUCAGUGAACUCAACUGACCUCACGAUGAGCAGUAACGAGACAGAUAAUGAAACAAUCGUUGUU